CCGCGAUGAAUUUGAGCCUUGAACCACUCAGUCGCCACUAAGAAUGUAGACAAGAUGGGACCAAACAUGAUGGCACCGCGCAAAGAGAUUUCUUUUCUUUCCAUUACUUUGUUUCGACCCCAUCCUUCCUCAGUGAUCUUUCAUGGCUUCUAUCUCGCUGGAGAAAGCUAAUUUUGUGGCCUUAGUGCUUGAGGCACUGCUAUACGGCGCCUUUACCGUUUUAUUUCUCGCCGCUCUUUGGGUCAUUUUCCAGAAACGAUCAGGAAUCAACGUGAAAUUGUUGUCGACCGUGAUCAUCAUUUGGAUAUUAGCGACCCACCUAAUAUUGGACAUAAUCCGUGCCUCGGAGGCAUUUGUUGGGCUCACAGGCCGCACCGCGCUAGAUUAUUAUUCAGAUCUUUCGAACCCAUUGCAGGCAGCUAAAACAGCUAUCUACGUGACUUUGACCCUUGUUGGGGACGGAUUUGUCAUCUAUCGCUGUUAUGUGGUAUGGAAUCGUACGUGGUAUAUCGUUCCCGGCCCUCUCUUACUGCUGUGCGGAACAGGCGUAGCUGGAUUUGGUGCUACCGUGGCGUUCUCUCACGCUGCACCCGGGGCGGAAGUGUUUAACUUUCUACCCGCCAUCGUUCCUUGGAUCACGGGUUUCAUCUCGAUGACUCUAUGCACUAAUGUCGUUUGCACUUCUCUCAUCGCCUACCGAAUCUUAAGCAUUCAACGAGCCAUCCAUGGCCUAGCUCAGGUUAACACAGCUCGUUCUGCUCUUAUGAUGAUCCUCGAAUCGGCCGCUGUAUACUCGGCCUCUGUGAUCUCGUUAAUGAUUACCUAUACCCUCAAUUCUAAUGCUCAAUACACUGUCCUUGACCUGACGUCUCCAUUAAUCGGCAUCACCUUCACGGCCAUCAUCCUUCGCGUCAGUCUGGGCAUCAGCUCACGCGACCUGUCCGCUUUCUCGCAAACCACACCGAAUCACCCUCAACGAUUGUCUCUGAAUCGCCGAAAUCCGGUUGCAGUCAAUGUUAGCCAUCUCGUUGAGACGGACACCGGUGAAUACCCCCUUCACAGGCAGGAUGAGUGCUCGUCGGCAAAGCUCUCAGUUGUCUGAUCAGACAUCUUAUUGCCAGUUAUCCUUUAUAAAGCUCAGAAUAAUUCAUGCUCGGCGCAUGGUUUUCACUUAUCCCCUUCUAUCAUCUCACGGCUAUCACUUAAGGACAUUCUCUCUGCAGCACGCUGCUUGCGUAAGGCCAUAAGUCGCACUCGCACACUUUUGCCGCCCUACACCGAGGUUAUCCCUGCCCGGAUGGAAUCGAACCUGACCCAAAAAUUUGGGCCAGCCACGCUGAGUUGAGGCACAGUUCGGACAAACUUCCGCCGCUCCGGACGCGAGAGCGGGUCGCGUCGGGAGGCGAGUCAGGGGCUGACGGUAUCCCUGAUGUAAGGAUUUUGAUCCUAACCUAGAUGCGAACUC